GAGAGAGCUCGUGCCGCUAUCCUGCAGCAUCCACACCCACCCACCUCACUCCAAACGCUCCAGCGCGGACUUCCCAGAGCUCAGCACAACCAGCACCUCUCUACCACGGACCCUCCCUGACAUCUGUCACCAUGGAGCUGGACUUCGGCCAUUUUGACGAGCGCGACAAGCCCCGUACCCCACGGGGUGGGCGCAUGAAUGGGCUGCCAAGCCCCACCCACAGCGCCCACUGCAGCUUCUACCGCACGCGCACCCUGCAGGCCCUCACCAACGAGAAGAAGGCCAAGAAGGUGAGGUUCUACCGCAACGGAGACCGCUACUUCAAAGGCAUCGUGUAUGCCGUGGCCGUGGAACGCUUCCGCACCUUCGACGCCCUCUUGGCCGACCUGACGCGCUCGCUCUCCGACCACAUCAACCUUCCCCAGGGGGUCCGCUUCAUCUUCUCCAUCGACGGAACGCGCAAGAUCACCACCAUGGACGAGCUGGAGGAAGGAGAGAGCUACGUCUGUGCGUCUGAGAACGUCUACAAGAAGGUCGACUACACAAAGAACGUCAACCCCAACUGGUCUGUGAACGUGAAGGCCUCGGCCAGCCAGAAGAACCUGCAGAGCCUGGCCAGCAAGCAGGCCAACGAGGCCCGGGAGGGUAAGGAGUUUGUUCGCCCCAAGCUGGUGACGGUGAUGCGGAGUGGCGUGAAGCCGAGGAAGGCCGUCCGCGUGCUGCUCAACAAGAAGACAGCGCACUCCUUCGAACAGGUGCUCACCGACAUCACAGAGGCCAUCAAGCUGGAGAGCGGCGUGGUCAAGAGGAUCUACACACUGGACGGAAAGCAGGUCACCUGUCUUCAGGAUUUCUUUGGUGAUGAUGAUGUCUUCAUUGCCUGCGGCCCUGAGAAGUUCCGCUAUGCCCAGGAUGACUUCUCCCUGGAUGAGAAUGCGCUCUACCCCUCUGGAACCAAACCCAAAUCAGCCCAGGGGGCCUUUAAUAACCAAGAAGGGUGCAGGAUGAUGAAGAAGAAAGGUUCUAAGAGCCCAGGUCCGAUCCGGCGCAGCAAGUCUCCUGCUGAAUCGACCAACGGGACGGGCUCCAGCAGCCAGCUCUCUACCCCAAUUUCCAAGCAGUCCCCCACCUCCACCCCCAACAGCCCAGGCAUCCACCGCAAGCAGUCCCCCACCUCCACCCCCAACAGCCCAGGCAUCCACCGCAAGCAGAAGGAUCUCUACCUGCCCCUAUCUCUGGAUGAUGAUGAUUCUCUUGGCGAGUCUAUGUAGAGCCUCCUGUCUGUCAGUCAGCUGCUGCUGCCUGCCUGUCUCACCCAGGCCUACCUACCACUCAGAUGUAUGGAGGACUUCUCCAUUUGAUCUCUCCCUGGUGCCACGCGUUAAGUCUACCUGGCUUGGCCACCACGGCUGUUCCACCUUUUGCUGCUUGAGAAUUCACCACUAGAUCAUGUUUUUAUAUCCUAUGUUGUUAAGAAUGUAUAUGCUGGGCGUAUACGACAAUGAUGUACGAAUUACCGCCUCUAACAAAUUCACCAAAUCAUUAUAUUGUGUGAAGGUUCACUAUUACAUGUUUGUUGUUAUACUUUCAAAGGAGAGCACAUCAUUUAUUUACAAGCAAUUUCAAAAAGGCAGUUCCCACAAUAUAUCUACGGUGUCUUUUUAACUUGAAAACCAUGCAUCCUGAUAUAGUGCAAACAGCACAUUUUCCAAAUUCAAGUGAACAAUUCCAAGCAGCAAAUGGACUAUUUAUCCAGGGGUGUAGUAGUCAGACUUGAGUCAAAGUUUGAAUAAUGUCUCUCUGUCCAUCUCUCUUUCUGUGCUAUGGUUCAAGGUGUUAAAGUAAUGAACAUUUUUAGUUUUAGGGGAAGGCUCUUUAGCCAUGAGAGUUGAAUGUCCUUUUCAUCCGCUGUAAAUACUGUGUAUAGCCAUCGCUACAUCCCAGCUAAUGCCUAACAUUCAUGCGUCCAUCGAGCAUCAAUACAAUGUCUGCCAAACGUUGAAUCAACAUAACAUGUUUUUCAUCUAUCUAUGAGGGAAAUAACUACAAGGCACAGGAGCCAAGAAGCUCUGAAACCGUUAGGGUAGGAGUACUGGGGAGAAGUCCUCUUAAUGUGUAGAAGCCAACCAACCAAAGCCAGAAAAUGUGGCCCUUUUUUAAAAAACAAACAAGCACAUCUUUUUUUUUAUUAAAAAAGGGUUUAGGAUUUUUAAGUCUAUUUUAGCAUGAUUAUCUUUCCUCCUCUUUCAAACUGAUUCUAAGGAGACUUUAAUGUUCAUGUGAUAAAGCCAGGUGUACUAUAUUGAGGCAAGUUUUGAAUAAACGAGCAAUGUGGAAAUCUGAAAUGUAGAUAAUCUGUAAUGCCCAGUAGAGUCAUACGUGUAGGCUCCAUGUACUGUCUGUAUGUUACUGGGACCUCCCAUUAGUCCAAUCUGACCAGACCAUGUCCAUAUAGGGGAAAUAGAUUUUCACCAGCAUAGAAAAACAAUAAGUAGAGCUUCUCACAUUUUGCAUGGCUAGAUCUUGUUUCUUUUUUUCUUAGUGCUUAAUGAUUGAAUACAACGUUUUUAGAUAGGAGGAAAUUGCAUUUUUGGAUUUGUUCAAAAAAAAAAGUUGAAUUUUAUUGUUGAUAAAAUUAUGUUAAAAGUAAUAUACAUAUAUGUCUAAAACAAUAACACAUGAAUGGUUAUAAUAAUGUCAUGUUCCUGGAGAGAAUGUCCAAUGAAAUCUGAUGGACACAUUGUGUAAUGCAAAGUGAAUUAGUGCAGGCAUACAGGGACAUUUUUCUGUGGCAGUCAUCACAAGGAAUAGGGACAUACUAGCCUAUUAGGUAGACAGAGUAUGUAUUACGUAUGUCAGAUGUGCACCUCUCUCUGGAUCUACCUGACUCUGAAAAAAAAAAAUCUGCUAAAUUGGACCCAAGUGAGCAGCGCAGCAACUAGACUCCUCCCACCCACCUUCUGCAGGGUGAUGUCAUUGUGAUGUCAGCACUACAGCUCGUCCAACUGCAGGUCCACUUUUACCCCGUCUGGGAAUCAACACUGUGUAAAAUAAAACCUUAAGAGUUUGUUUUUCUUACGUGGACAUUUCAGUUCGACUUUCCCACCAGCUGUUUGAUAUCUUUUAUCUUUGCCCCAGAUGUUCUUCAGCUUAACAUUAAGUGUCAGUUGUUUUGUGUGAAGCUGCAGUCACCAUGUCAGACAAGAGGUGGGAAACACCUCUCAGCUCCUGUGGUGCCUUUUUUGGGGGGAUAAAAAAAAUAAUAAUAAAGAGGAGAACUAAGACUUGUUCUUUGUUAACCAACUGUAAAGCUUUUUUAAAUGUCUUUGUAACGCUGCGGUCAGCGCAGUGUGAACUCUGUUUGUAGACUGCCAGGAUAAUAACUUUAUCAUGGUGCAAAUGUAUUAUUCUCUUUAUGACUUGGGUUACUGGGAAAUGUACAAUGUCUUUGAUGGUGUUUUUUGCAAUGUCACAGUGGCUUGUUUCAGUGCUUCGUUCUAUGUAUUAAUCAAUUCCCUUUUGCAAUUAAAAGAGUUGUGUUCCACCUC